GUCCGACCGGUGGCAGCUGUCAGAUGUCCCCAAGUGUUCCCGAGUCUCCCUGCGAUGUGAUCGUGCGGCCGCCGCUGUGUCCCGGACCCCCGCCUCCAGGUCAGGAUGGACCUGAGGAGAGCACAAUAUGACCACAACAUGAACAUUCUGUACGGGGAAUUCACGGUCACAGGUAACCGAAAAGUCUGGUGCGUCGUGAGCCUGACUGACAAGGAGCUUGUCGUCCAGCGGCUCACCUCGGUACCGGCGGGCCGGAACCGAGUGGUCCUCAGCCUGAAGGACUGCGUCGGCUGCCGGGCGUACCGGGAAGAUGACAACGCGGACCCGGCCGCCUAUCUGGCGGCCUAUUUUUACCCACGUAAGCGGCGUUGGAUGGGCUCCGGGCUCUCGCGGCAGAGAGUGGAACAGUGUUUCCGUCUCGCUGCGCUCCAAGAUCCGCGUGCCAAUCUCGAAGAAGCGGAGAAGUGGGCUCGCGCCGUCCGGGAGCGCUCGAACCGGUGGCAGCACCUUCGAGAUGGGGUACUGCUUAAUGAGCCGUCGCAUCCGUGCCGGAUGAUGCUGCUGGUGAAUCCACAGAGUGGGAAAGGACAGGCGCUCGCACUCUACAAAAACCACGUCCAGCGGAUGCUCAAUGAGGCUGGCGUCUUCCACACGGUGGUCAUCACCGAACGUCAGAAUCAUGCCCGCGAACUAGUGAGGGAGGCUGACCUGUCCCAGUGGGACGCUCUUGUCAUCAUGUCAGGAGACGGUCUUCUGUUUGAGGUGAUAAACGGUCUCCUGGACAGAUCAGACUGGGAGGAGGCUAUCCGCACCCCGCUUGGUAUACUCCCUGGCGGCUCAGGCAACGCCUUGGCUGCAUCCAUACAUCACUACGCAGGUGCUUCAUUGGUGUCCAGUGAAGAGCUCCUGAUCAGCUGCGGCUUCCUAUUGUGUAAAGGUGUGGUGUCCCGCAUGGAUUUGGUCUCAGUCCACCUCUUCUCCGGGACCCGUCUCUUCUCCUUCCUCUCGCUGGCGUGGGGCUUUGUGGCUGACGUGGAUGUUGAGAGCGAGAAGUACCGCCACGUCGGGGCGGCUCGCUUCACCCUGGGCACCCUGGUGAGGUUGGCCUCUCUUCGCGUCUACAAGGGCAAGUUGGCCUACCUACCUGUGGCGGAAGACCGCAACCUGGUGGGAUCCAGACUGAGCAACCAUCACAGUGCCCCCUUGCAUCUCUCCAAAGACUUUCCCGCGUGGAACUCUUUACACAACUCCUGUCACUCCAACAACUCGCUCAAGGUGAGAUUUGAGCAUUCACAGAGCUCCAGCAGCACUCAGACGGGAUUGUGGGAUUCGGUACUCCCCCGGCUGGAUGAGCCUCUCCCCGGGAGCUGGAUGGUGGUACCCGAAGAAGACUUUGUACUGGUACUGGCCAUGUACCAAUCCCACCUGGCCGAGGACCUGCUGGCCGCACCAGAUGCCACUUUGGACGAUGGCGUCAUUCAUCUGUUUUACGUCAAAGCUGGAAUAACCCGUGCCGCGCUGCUCAGACUCUUCCUGGCCAUGGAGAAGGGCGCACAUGUAGCCUCCAGCUGUGCUCAUCUGGUGCACACCAAGGUGCGGGCGCUCAGGAUGGAGCCGUAUUCUCCCAAAGGGAUUAUAACGGUGGAUGGAGAGGUGGUGGAAUAUGGGCCGGUGCAAGCAGAGGUGCACCGGGGCCUCGCAAGACUCAUCAGUUGAUGCACACUUGAAACACACACAAAGACACCCACGCACACACAUCAUAUUAAGGCAUAUUUUAAUCCAACUUCCAUCAUGCUACUGUCACAUUACAAAAUAUUUAAAUCUGGUUAAGCAGGGUUAUUCUUUUCUCUUUCUCAAUUGAGAUGCACAUAUCAUGCUUGUCAGCAUGAUUGCAUAAUGCUUUUCUGUCACUACCCUGCCAAUAGAGACUAAUAAGGGAAUGAUGGCAUCAAAAUCACACGUAAACAAUCUUCACCAAGUUGUCCUUAAUAAUGCGCUAAUGAUUGUAACAUGGACUGUUAAUUGUGGCUUUUGUCUGUUUUAUUUUAUUCCAAAGAUCUCAUGAGGACACAGUUGGGUUAGGGUCCUUUCCAAUCAUGAGCCUGAUUCCUGCAGCAGGGUACAAAUGGGCCUGGGGGGCUUUAUAUAUGUAUUGACUUGUUAAAUGCUGCAUGAAGAUAGCAGUGGUCUCCUCUUAAGAGACACACUAUCUUGUUGCCGCAAGUGGUGCUUUAAGAGCAUUAGCAGUGUCCUGAAAGGAGGGGGAGGCGUAUUUAUUUCAUUUCAACACAUUCAAAAGGAAAGGUGGACUCAUAAAACAAAGAUGUACUCAUGAGGGUUGAGUAGAAAAAAACUAUAUAUACUGUAUAUGUAUAUAAUUUUGUUUCUACUCAACCUAUAUAUAGGUUAUAUACAUAUAUAUAUAUAUAUAGUAUUUCAGAUCUCACGUUUUGCCUAAUGUUGUAUUUACUAUUGAAUCUAAAAAAAUAAACAAUUUAUCAGUAUA